AUGCCCCUCGCGACGGGAACGAGAGUCGUGCAAGACCUAACACCGGGAAAGGACUUGGAAGCUCGGCUCAACAAAGACUAUGGGCCAGGAAAUACUUUUUAUGAAGACUUCUGUGCUUGUAUCAAACAGGGUGUCAAGGAAGGGUGGGUGGCGGAAACGGAGCUAGACGGACCAAAGUACAGGAGAGGAAAGAUCUCCGUACCCACGCCAGAGACAAGAUACUUUAGUAUAACCACGGUGUUCAUGGACAGCCAGGAGGAAUACUCAGGCCAAUACCACGCGCACCCAUAUGGCGAGAUCAACUGCGUUAUCCAGAUCGAUGCGGGGGCCGAGUUGAGGGGCAUGCAAGGGUGGCAGGGUGCUGGGUGGACACUCCACGUCAGCCACGCCCGAUUCGACAUUUCCCCGCGUCUUUACACUUCCCUCACCCUCGGUGGUAGCAAAAUACUGUUAUACUCAAAGAAUCAGAACUAUCAGCCUAAUAUAGGCCGACUUAUCUCUUUGAAAAUGGAUAUCGAAACGAGUGAUCUUCACCACGUAGAUUCUGGGAAACCAGCUGAUACUACUGCUGAAAAAGGCUCUGAAACAACGAUACACAUUGACCCUGUGGCAGAGAGGAAGCUUCGCUUGAAGAUCGACCUUGCCGUCGUGCCUACCGUGUCACUUCUCUAUCUAUUUUGCUUCAUCGAUCGCGCGAAUCUUGGUAAUGCUAAAAUCGCAGGCAUGGACACAGAGCUGAAUAUGAAAGGAUAUGACUAUAACAUCAUCAUUAGUUGCUUCUAUGUGUCAUAUAUUGUUUUCGAGAUUCCUACCACUAUGCUAUGCAAGUAUAUGGGGCCUGGUUGGUUCAUCCCCCUCACCACUAUUCUCUUCGGCGUCGCGUCUCUAGGCACUGCGUGGGUACAUACUGUGUCCGCAGCCUCGGGAGUGCGAUUUGUCCUUGGUAUUUUCGAGGCUGGUAUGAUGCCUGGUAUUGCAUACUACCUAUCGAGGUGGUAUCGACGUGCUGAACUGGCAUUUCGAAUCUCCCUUUAUAUCGUCAUGGCGCCCCUAGCCGGAGCCUUCGGUGGCUUGCUCGCUUCCGCGAUCCUUACGCUUGAUAGCUUUGGAGACCUUCAUCAGUGGAGAAUGAUCUUUGCCAUUGAAGGCAUUAUCACUAUCGGCCUCGGGUUCAUUGGUCUUGUCACCCUUACUGAUAGACCUGAAACCGCGAGAUGGCUCACUGCAGAAGAGAAGGUACUCGCCAUUGAGAGGGUGAGGAUGGAGAGGGUCGGGGCCAGUGAGGUCCUUGAUAAAAUCGAUGCCGCGAAAACAUGGAGGGGGAUUUUUAACCCGCUUACAUUGAGCACCGCCUUCAUCUUCCUUCUCAACAACGUUACAGUCCAAGGCCUUGCUUUCUUCCUUCCUACCAUUGUCAAGACCAUCUACAAGGAUGCCACCACGGUUCGGCUUCAAUUACAAACCGUGCCCCCUAUAUCGUCGGCGCCGUCGAAAGUUGCCAUGGUGCGCUACGCGGCUACAUUUCUGAUUGCCAUGUCUUCAUUCCCCUUUGGACCCAUCGCCAAUGCACAAGCCAGCGCCAACGUGAUCAGCGAUACCGCCAGAGGUGCCGCCAUUGCCACGACUGUCAUGCUUGGUAAUGUUGGUGGGCUCAUCUCCGGCUGGAGCUUCCUCCCAUGGGAUGCACCUGACUAUAAGAUUGGAAACGGCCUCAACCUAGCUACGUCGUCAACUGCACUGCUUGCAGGCCUGGCAAUCUACGCAUGGGCUAAGAUGGAUAAUAGGAAGCGGAGGUCAAGGGACAGCGGCGAAGAGCUACAGGGACUGACACAGCGCCAGGUUGAGGAUCUAGAUUGGAAGCAUCCGGAUUUUAUGUGGAGGUUGUAA